UUUAAAUGACGUCAUGUUGUUUUGAAACGAGCGCCGGAACAGAGAAGGAAGCUGUGGAAGUUCUAUAAGUGAUGUAUCAUAUUAAAACAACAUUUCAGAGCUAGUUAUAAGCGGAUAAAAGGCUGCGUUAGCUGCUGUAGACGCGUGUUUGCUGUGUUUAUGGAGUAUGUAGGUGUAGCUGCAGAGAGAGAGAGAGAGAGAGAGAGAGACACACACACACACACACACACACACACCUGAGGCUGCAGUAACACACCGUGUGCUAACAGACAUGUGUGCUGCUCCCUGUGUGUGGCUUUUUACUGCACUGCUCUUAACCACAGUGUGUUCAGUCUGUGGCUCUCAGCUGGAGGUGUUAGUGAGAGCUGAGAAACCUGUCAGAAACCUGACACACUUCUGGAGGAGCACAGGCUUCUGCCCUCCACAGCCACACAGCAGCGCUCACCUGUAUGACCUGAGUAAAGAUCAGCAGCUGAACCUGGCGCUUAUCGGCUCUGUGCCACACGCAGGCCUGCAGCAGGUGAGGAUCCACUGGCUGCUGGAGCUCGUUUCUGCGCGGAUUAUAAAUGGAGAAUAUCACUACAACUUCACGUACCUGGAUGAGCUGAUGGAGCUGCUGUGGCAGAACGGCCUGCAGCCGGGCUUCGAGCUGAUGGGCAGCGUCAACAACACCUUCAGUGACUUUGAGGACAAAACCCAGGUGUCUGAGUGGAAGCGACUGAUUUACCUCAUAGCUCAGAGAUACAUAGAGAAGUACGGCUUGGACGUCGUCUCCCAGUGGAACUUUGAGACGUGGAACGAGCCGAACAAUCACGACUUCGAUAACGUCACGAUGACGAUCCAGGGGUUCCUGAACUACUAUGACGCGUGUUUGGCUGGUCUGCGCAAUGCGAGUGUGUAUCUGAGGUUCGGUGGUCCGGGGGACUCGUGUCACUCUCCUCCACACUCUCCAUACUGCUGGGCUUUACUGCAGCACUGCCACGACACACACACACACCAUCCUCACACACACCCCAACACACAGCCCAACACACACCAUCCUCACACACACCCCAACACACACCAUCCUCACACACACCCCAACACACACCCCAACACACACCAUCCUCACACACACCCCAACACACACAGCCUCCACUACAUCGCCCUGCACAAGAAGGGUGGAGGUGGUACGUUCCCGAUCCUUCAGCAGUUGAUCGACACGGUGCAGGAGAUCCAGCGGAGGUUCCCUCUGUUCCGUUCACUUCCUGUUUAUAACGACGAGGCCGAUCCACUGGUCGGCUGGAACAAACCACUCGUCUGGCGCGCUGAUGUCACCUACGCUGCCAUGGUGAUCAAGGUGAUCUCUCAGCACCAGGACCUGCUCAUCUCUGACGUGAACAACACCAUCAACUUCACGCUGCUGAGCAACGACAACGCGUUCCUGAGUUACCAUCCGCACCAGUUCACCCAGCGCACGCUAACCGCCCGCUUCCAGAUCAACAACACACACACGCCUCACGUCCAGCUCAUACGCAAACCCGUCCUCACCGCCAUGGGCCUGCUCGCUCUGCUAGGUGAGCAGCAGGUGGAGGUUACCAUGGUGACACGAGACCCUCAGGAAGAGAGUUCAGUGGGAGUGCUGGCGAGCGUCCACACACCCCGACUCGCACACACACACACCAACACACACACCAACACACACACUCACACCAACACACACACCAACACACACACUCACACCAACACACACACCAACACUCACACCAACACUCACACUGCUGACAGCUGGCAGAGCGUCGUGCUCCUGUACAACUGCAGAGACAACGUCACCUCCAACGACUCGGACACCGUCACACUGAACAUCACCGGAGCUCCCACACACACCGAUGUGAUGUAUGUGAUGCGCUACAUGGACAACGUUGUCAGUAACCCGUAUGAAGUGUGGAGGCAGAUGGGCGGCCCGGAUUAUCCCUCACUGCAACAACUCACACAGCUCAGGAGCCAUGAGGACGCUCAGACAGACGGCCCCAUCCCGGUUCCUGCUCAGGGAGUUCUGUCACUGAGAGUGAAGCUUCCUGUUCCCUCCAUACUGCUCAUCCACCUGUGUGCUCGGCCCACACACACACCUGGACAGGUGAACGGUUUGCGUUUCGUCUCCAUCACUAAAGGCCAAGUCCUCGUCGUGUGGAAGGACCACGACGUCGGCACCAAGUGUGUGAAGACAUACGAGGUGGAGUUCUCCAAAGACGGAGUUACGUUUCAGAGGAUCAACGUCAGAGACACAGUGUUCACCUCUCACACCUUCUCACCAGAGAGCCUGGAUGUGUGUGGAGUUUACAGAGUGAGAGCCGUGGACUUCUGGGGACGAGCGGGACAAUAUUCCCCUACUGAGAGAUACACAGAGUUCUGCUGACCUCCACACACACACACACACACACACCUGUCUCAAUCACAUCACUGAAUUUAUAAAUCCAGACUUUUGUCCAUCUAACAAACAUGUUUUAUCUGUAAAUGACUUUCAUAAUCUUAUUAAAUGCUCACUCACUGAGA